AUGAGUGUGCUGGUUCAAGAGCUGGUUGCAGAUCAGUACGACACCGACCCCGAGAUAGGCUUCCAAGAGAUCGCCACGGGCAACUUGCAAGUGGUCUUUCUCUCUGCAAUGGCUGAAGACACAGAUUUGAUGACGACCAUUAACAUCGCUUGGAGUACGACGAAAUCAUGGUUUCGCGGGAGUCGAGAUUACCUCAUGGUUUGUGAGCUGUGCCAAGUCGGGGGAUUGACGAGCUGUUUCCACGUCUUCGAUUGCAAGUCUCUCACUCCUCUCCAUGUCUUCACGCGAAACCUCUGGUUCUACUCCCGUUUCAACUUCCGGCUCGUCUUUCCUCACUCCUGGCACAUGUGGGCAUACUUCACGUCACAGUCUCAUGAUGGCGUCAACUCCUCAUUCUGCCCAGAGGGGUUGAUAAAGGCAACGUUCAUGUCGGGGACCAUUCAAGACUCGAGUAAAGCUUCUGCCCUUGAUUGGCACUUCCGUCCGAAGCCUCGCCCCAGCCACGCUCUCUUGACAGCCAUAAAACUACGCCGUCAAUUGCAGAGAUUGAGCCUUCUAUCGUGUGUGCCCACAAAAUAUGUCAAAUAUCUACUUCAAACCAACGGACAUGACCUUCCGCAUCAAGAUAUUCUGCCCAAACAAUUGGUCGAUAGACUUCUGCUGGGGUCCCGUAAAGUUUCGGCUGGCCUGCAACUUUCAAGCAAACCGCAGGGUCACAACCAGGACUUCCCCACGAUCGGUCCGAUCGUCCUCAACGAUGGAUCGAGUGGCUUGCAGGUUACUUGCCGGCCGUCGACGCCAGUCCGUGAGACAGCAUCUGAGCUGCAACAUAAGACGACGCCUCUUUCGCAUACCGACAUCUCACCUCGUCUUUUGUUAGUGGCUGGUAAGCCUGUGAGAAGAUUCGAAAUCAACUUUCUGCGCCUCACCGCAUCGAUUGAGAGCGCCUGUUUCUCGUACGCUUGGUGCAUCAUGCUGGACAUUGCAAUCAUCGGCGGUGGAAUUGCUGGGCUCACGGCAGCCAUCGCGCUCCGGCGAGCAGGCCAUUCUGUGACGAUACACGAGAAAACGUCGCUGAACAACGAAAUCGGGGCCGCGAUCAACGUACAGACGAACGCAUCACGUCCGCUGGUGGCUCUGGGAAUGGACCCGGUGAGAGCUAGGUUCGUGAUGGCCACAGGCAGCCGGCUCAUGCGAGGCGAUACCCUGGAGGUGACCCACGAACUCAACCUGGGGGCUAUUGCAAAUAGUUACGGAUCGCCGUGGUACUUUGCGCACCGGGUCGAUUUGCAUGAGGAAUUGAAGCGGAUGGUGGUAGCGGCUGACGGCGGCCCGCCUGUGACGUUCAAGUUGCGGAGUGAAGUGACGAGUUAUAAUCCGGAAGCUGCCAGCUUCACUCUUCGAGACGGAAUCGUCAUUUCUGCAGAUCUUGUGGUAGUUGCGGAUGGUAUUCACAGCGGUGGCGUCGAGGCGAUUCUCGGGUCUCCCAAUCCCGCGUCCCCCGCAGCCCUAGACAAUUUUUGCUACCGGUUCUUGAUACCCAUGGAUGCUGUACUUUCGGAUCCAAUCACCUCCAAUCUAUACAAAGAUGCAGCUGGUGGCUUUAGGCUAUUUCAUGGGGACGGCAAGAGAAUUGUCACAUAUCCGUGUAGGGACGGUGAGGUGCUCAACUGUAUUGCCAUUUUCCACAACGAACUCGACUCUUCGAGCAGAGAAGAUUGGCACAACUCGGUUGAUCAAUCUCACUUACUGAAGCUUUUUGAAAACUUUCAUCCCAAUGUGCUGGCUCUUCUUCGCAAGGCAAACGAAGUGAAGCAGUGGCCUCUGCUGUACAGAGCCCCCAUUCCAAGAUGGAGCAAGGGUCGCAUGGUUCUGAUUGGGGAUGCAGCUCACCCAAUGCUUCCACAUCAGGGGCAAGGAGGUGCGCAAGGCAUCGAGGACGGCGUUGCCCUCGGGGUGUGUCUUGCCAACACAACCUCAAAAGAUGAUGUAAUCAAGAGACUAGAAGUGUUCGAAAGAAUCCGCAGAAAUAGGGCCAGCGUGGUCACCAUCUUCAGCAAUGCUGGACAAGAGGAGGCGGAGAAGAUCAAGGAAGCUGCGUCCGAGUUCAUACCUGUCGAGCGCAUCCCCACAAAUCCAAGCGGCUUCUAUGACUUCCACUUUAGUUACGACAUUAUGGAAGACUCGGCUGAACACAUGCGGAAGCUCGAUCCCAACUUUAGGCUUCCCGAAGCGUUUCUAAGAAACGAACCAGGAAAUCGAGCAUUUCUGUGA